ACCAAACGGGUCGCUCGAACGUCGCGCCGCCUUUUCUCUCCACCUGCCAUCGACCGGAUAUCGAUAAGCCGUGUUUACGCGACGGCAUCUCAUCUGGAUCGAUCAGCGAAUCGUUUCCGAUCGCGUUUUUUUUUCUCUCACGGACAUCCGUUGUCAAUCGUAAUUCGUCGACGUCAACGACACGAUUUUCGGCUAUUCUGUGAACAAAGUUUCAAUUUUUCAAAACGCGAACGUUCCUUGUGACGUUAUUCGAAAAUCGAUCGGGAGCUCUUUCAAUCGCGUUGAACGAUUGAUUUCCCAUCGGCGGAGGUUUCACGUCGAUCGACGCGUGUGAACGGCGGACCUGUCAAUCGGUACGCUUGUUAUGGUGUCUCGCGCGAUAAUGCGCGUCUCCGGUCCAGCCGCCGCUAAAACGACGAAAACAGCGCGUUGCUGGAGCCUGUUCGUGUCCGGUCGACGCUAAAUGAUCCAACCAGUUUAAUCGAUCGAGUCGACCCGUCGGAUAAUCCACGUGCACCGUUAUCGUCGUCGUUUGAUCACGUACAUCAUCCUGGAGGAGCACCGCGACGCCUGCUGGCACGAUGAUGCACGUCGCCGACCGCUGACCACCGGCCUGCGUCCAGAUUUCAGAAUCGACGAUCGACGUUCGAAAUCGAAAGGAGUAUCCGUUCUUCGAGGAACAAAAACGUCAGGCUGUCCCCGAAAUGGAAACUGGGAAAAGUUUUGGACGGAGAAUGAGAAUGUCAGUCGAUGACACGCGUAUUAAAGUUCGAACGGUUAGACAUUAAUUCCGUUCCCGAGGAGUCGAGUAGCCAAGCUUCCUGAGAAUAGGAGAUUCAUAUCUACGGAUCUGGUAGUGACGGCGGACAAUGGUACAUUAUUUAAGAUGAUAACCAGCGGACAUUGAAGAGCCUGCCAGGACAAGGGAAUAUAUCUCCGUGCGUCAUGGAGGAACACGUGAACCAGGCUGGAAACUCGUCGACGGACGGGCUGGUGUUCACCGAUGCCUCGAUUAUCCUCAGGGCUCUGGUGCUCGGUCUCCUGAUACUCGUCACCGUUUUCGGAAACCUGUUCGUGAUUGCAGCGAUUUUGCUAGAGCGAAAUCUGCAGUCGGUGGCGAAUUAUUUAAUCGUCAGUUUGGCCGUCGCGGAUCUUAUGGUCGCCUGCCUCGUCAUGCCUCUCGGAGCAGUUUACGAGAUAAACUCGGGAUGGUCGCUGGGGCCGGAGCUUUGCGACAUGUGGACCAGCAGCGACGUUCUCUGCUGCACUGCCUCGAUAUUGCAUCUGGUGGCUAUCGCGGUCGACAGAUAUUGGGCAGUCACCGAUCUCAAUUAUAUACAGGCGAGGAAUCCACGCAGGAUCGGUAUGUUGAUCGUCACCGUCUGGGUGGUGUCCCUAGGAAUCUCGUUGGCACCCCAACUUGGUUGGAAAGACCCCGAUUAUUUAGAUCGUAUAGCGGAUGGAACGUGUCUGGUGUCGCAGGAUCCUGCAUACCAGAUCUUCGCCACUUGCGCCACUUUCUACGUACCCCUGCUGGUUAUUCUAUUUCUGUACUGGAGGAUAUUUCAAGCUGCACGGAAGCGGAUCAGGAAGAGACCAGGAACUAUCGUGCAACCACCUCGUGAGAGAAGAGGCAUCCUUAGACUCGUCACAAGAAGGCCACGAGAGGAAUCGACGGCAUUUACCAUAACGAGAUCCACGCCGGACCACUCGUCCAUCUCGCCGGAGAAAUCGUCAUCGUACAACGGUGCGAACACGACACAGUCGGCUACUGUAACACCAUCCACGGUGUCAACGACGACAACCACAACCAUCACAACGGUGACGAACCCUUCCAGCAGCCAUUCCACCUCUUCCAGCAAGAGAACACGCGAAACGAUCGAGUCGAAGCGCGAGAGGAAAGCAGCGAAAACACUGGCGAUAAUAACCGGUGCGUUCGUAGCGUGUUGGCUGCCUUUCUUCUUGGUAGCUCUGCUUCGUGCCACCUGCGAAGUCUGUGAGCCACCGGAGCUGAUAGCUAGCGUCUUCCUGUGGCUGGGCUACUUCAACAGCACCCUGAACCCUGUGAUUUACACGGUAUUCUCACCAGAGUUCAGGCAGGCCUUCAAGAGGAUGCUUUGCGGUGGUUCUAGGAUAAUUCGCUGACAGUGGAUUUAAAUUCGAUCGUUUUCCAUGCGAGUGCGAGAGUACGAGAAACAGUGAUAACGUGUGCGUGGACGUGUGCAUCUUGUGUAUAUAAAACAGUUAUUAAGUUAACAUUUAAUUACUAUGAGCAGAGCGACGCUUGCACAUUUCUUAAAUGAUUCAUUUCAAAUCUUAAAUACUUCUGACAAUGAUUUGUCAUGAAAUAAUACUUGUUAGACUUAAAUAAAAAUCGCUGCAUAAAUAUUUGAAUACAAAAUGCAAGUUGGAUGCAAGAAUCUCAGACAGUUCAUAGUAGUUAAGAGUUAACGUGUUCCUCUCCUUUUGGAUAGCGUUCAACUAUCGUAUCACGUACUUAGGCAUGCCUUAGAAAAUCCGUAGUGUUUUUCAUUGAAAUUUUCCGCUGGAACGGCAAGUUUGGCCCCGAAAGUCUGCGAGCAGCCAACGUUCCUCCAGGUCAAAGUUACCCUCGAGGAGUUCCGCUCGUGAAUGGAUUUUUUCCAGAACGCCACCUCUCUCGAGGGCGACUCGACAUUGUUUCGAGGCGAUUGUUCCUAAGAUAGCGUUACCUUACGAAAGUUCUCUUCGAAAUAGCUACAUUCUCUGAUAUGUCUAUGAUAAACACUUAACUUGCUACCGUUUAGCUACCACUAAAGGGAAGAGGAGAUGAGGCCAAUUUCGAGCGGACGAAUCAAGGAGAACGUGAUUGAAAAUGUGGAGAAUAUUUAUGGUGACCCAGUUGAUCCUACGAAAUUAUUAAAAUUUGCAUUGGUUAUUCAAUAAUUUUAAUUAUGAUUAAGAUUUAUGAGAGGGAAACUUUGAUAAUAUUGUCUCUUGUUAUUUCAAUUUAGGUAAAAACAAUAUAUUUUCGUCGUUUGUACGAGACACGGCGAGGCACUUUCUAAGACGAAAUCAUCCUUCGAAGUUGUGUAAUCCUGAAAUUAAUUUGCAUCUCUUAGAGGAUAACGUUUCAAGGAUUAAUUAAACUUAAUUGCUUGGUUCCCGGUUGCUUGAUCCGCUCGAAAGCUCGCCGAUAUAAAUACGUAUACGCAACACCUAUCGUGUACAGAUGUAUAAACAUUCAUUUCCUCCGUUGCUGCUCACGAAACCACUGCGAUUGUCAUUUUAAAGAUAAAUCAUUAAUAAUAAACUUAGACGUCGACGUAUCGUUGUCGAUUUCUCUUUGUCGAAACGUAAGCGUAGCUCCCGACGAUUAUUCAUCGAUUUCAUGCGAAUCUUCUACUGUAAAUAAUAUGAUAUUUCUAUAGUUACUCCUCACAGUAUCGACGAAGUUCAAUAAAAAGAGGCAGAGAUCGAUCCAGUUUGAGCCACGAGUUCGCAUCGUUGUUCUCGAACAGCAAAUCACUGAAAUUCUGCGUUUCUGUGUCGCGAAAAACAGGAUUUAUUUUCAUUUUAAUAAAUUAAAAUGCUUUAAAUAGGCAAAAAAGUAUUUAACGAAUAAGAAAUUUUCAAUAUUAAUAUAAUAAUUCUGUAAUUUUUUCAAAAAAUGAAACAUCGAAUGAUUGUCUCAAGACACAGAAAUGCGAAUUGAAUCAACAAAAAGAAAGAAGUUGAAGAAGGAAAAUAUACUAAGUGGCAGUAGAUAAAUGAUACGAUUUUCCAGCGAUUCGAUUAGCUUAAGGCUGCGUCAUUUUUUCGACGAUGCAAUAUUCUAGAGAGGAUUGUUGUUCGUUUCGUGUUCGACAACGAAUCGCGUUUAAGAGAAUACGUACGUUCUGAAAUAAAGAAAAAGCAGAAGCGAGUGAAGAAAACAACCAGUACGUUUACAACGAUGCUUCGUAUGUAUAUUUCAUUGCAAUCACUGAUGUAAAUAAAUGCAACAGUUUCAAAACGAUAAGCUGAACCACCCAGCUAACGUUAACUCGA